CGCCGCCGCCCGCCUGCCGCUGCCCGCCUGCACGCCGUGAACGACUCGGGGCCUGCGAGCGCAGCAUGCCACGCCCGCCGACCGCGCCCCGCGAAUAAUCUGAGCCCGCCGCGGCCCUGACAUGGUUGCACUGCGCGGCUGAACUGAGACGACUGCGCGCUCGCCCGCCAUGACUGGCCCGGCCCCGACCGCGGGGGAGCACCUGGACGCCCCGGCGCGCUCCCACUCGACGCCCCGCGGCUGCGACGGCGACGGCGACGGCGACGCAACGCCCGGCCAGCAGCGCCCGCCGCUCGACCCGGCCGACUGCACGCCGCGCCACGAGGCCCCCUCGUACGCCGUCGCCGCGGAGCCCAGCUACUUCUCGCCGCAGCCCCGCCGCACGUACUCGUCGACCAUCACGCGCAGCACGCCCGCCUCGACCGACCCGUCGCCCGCCGCCAGCGCCAAUGCCUCGACCACCUCGGUCAACACCACCGCCAACCCCUCCGCCACGCCGCCCGCCUUCGGGCCCGCGCUGCACCCGCUCAACCGCCCCGCCUACGAGCGCGACCUCUCCCGCAUCUCCGACAUCUCGACCGCCAGCACCGCCACCGUGCGCGCCCACCCCGCCGGCCCGCUGCACCACCACUUCGCCUCGGAGCCCUCGGUCGCCCAGCACCGCGAUGGGCCCGUCUACCCCAACCAGUCGUACGCUGCCCUGCAGUUCCAGCAGUACCCCACGCCCUACACCCCGCCCAUCCUGCGCGCCCGCAGCUCGCACCCGGCCCACUUCUCCGCCAACUCGGUGUCGGCCAUCCCGUCGUUCGGCGCCUCCAAUGUCCACUACCGCGACAUCAUGGAGUCUGCUCCGCGCACCGCCGGCAACUCCCCCGUCAGCAGCCCCGGCCUCUUCGACCCCAACCGCCGCAUCCCGUCUGGCUCGACGGAGCCGACCGACGGCCUCUACUCGAGCCCCUGGCUCCACCACACCCACCGGCAAGCACCGAAGGAGAGCCACAUCGCCGACGUGACCCACGACCCCGUCUCCGGCCGCAAGGUUGUCAAUCAAUACGAGAUCAUCGACGAGCUGGGCCGCGGUGUGCACGGCAAAGUCAAGCUCGGAAAGGACCUGGCCUCGGGCAAGUACGUGGCCAUCAAGAUUGUAGAUCGCUACUCCAAGCGCCGGCGACUGGGCAAAAACACAAGCCACGAGGACAAGAUCAAGCGCGAGAUUGCCAUUCUCAAAAAGGCCCGACACCCCAAUAUUGUCAGCUUACUCGAGGUCAUAGACGACCCGGCUAAGAAAAAGGUCUAUAUAGUGCUCGAGCACGUAGAACUCGGCGAGGUCAAGUGGAGGACCGAAGGCGCCCCCGAGGUCACGUUGGUCGAAUGGCGGCGCUUCCAGCGAGAAGCCGGGGGUAUCUUCGACGACGACCGAGCAGCACAAGAGGACGAGCGCAUCAUCAGGAUAGCACACCAGAAGCUCGCCCGACAACGCCGCCGCGAAGCAAGAGAAGCCCAUCUUCGCCGUCAAACAGUCACCGGCAACGAGCCCUGGAGUUUCGAGUUUGGAGGUGAUUCUGAUGACGAUGUUUCUUCAGAGGCAGGUCGAAGUUCUCGCACCUCGAACCGUGAGGACCGCCCCCACAGUCGCGUUCAGUUUCACGAACGGCAAGAGCCUCUGUCCCACACCGAUGACACUAUGGAAACCGCAUUCCGCGCAUCGAUGCAUACCCUGGGACAUGACAAAGACGAAGAGCAGGCUGCGACUGGCUUGGAAGGUACCAUGUAUGGUGCAUAUGACACUGAGUUCAUACGUGGCCGAACCCCCAGUGUUGCCGAGAGUAGCUCCUCCCAUCCCGAGGGCGAACACGAGGGGAUACCAGAACACUUUCGCUACGUUCCGCUCAUGACCAUUCAGGGUGCCUGGGACGCUUUCAAAGACACCGUCUUGGGUCUUGAAUACCUCCACUACCAAAACGUCAUUCACCGAGAUAUCAAGCCCGCCAAUCUUCUCGUGACCAAGGAGCAUCGUAUCAAGAUUAGCGAUUUUGGAGUAUCCUACCUUGGACGCCAGAAGACUGAUGAGGUUCUCGGAGACCAAUCAGAGAAUGAGGUACAGGAGGAGGACGAAGCCAUCGAGUUAGCAAAGACUGUGGGUACACCGGCAUUCUACGCACCAGAACUCUGUCGCACUGAUUUCACUGCCGAGACUCCUCACAUAGACGGGGGUAUCGACGUCUGGGCUCUGGGGAUCACGUUGUAUUGUCUGGUCUACGGUCGAGUGCCGUUUCAUGAGAACAAUCCUUUCGCUUUGAUGAAAGCCAUCAGCGGAGACGAACCUUACAUACCUCGCUACCGGUUGAAGCCUGUCUCUGAGCGCGCAACGUCCAGGCCGAAUUCUCAUGGACGCAAUAUGCAGCCAAUAUCAAACGCUAGGAGAGCUCCCCAUGACGUCGAUUACGAAGAGAUCGACGACAACCUCCGGGACCUGUUAAAGCGUCUGCUUGUAAAAGAGUCUGAGCAUCGCAUUACCAUACAUGAGAUUAAGAGGCAUCCGUGGCUUCUCCAGGGCAUUAACAACUACACCUCCUGGAUGGAAGAGACAGACCCCAAUCGUUCUUCGCAAGGCCGCAAGAUCGAGAUUACUAACGACGAUCUGGAAAGAGCCGUCGUUCCUGUUGGCUUCGUUGAGCGUGUCCGGUCAGCUGCGAAGAAGGCCACAGACUAUGUCACCAAAAGCUUCACGAGGGGCGGUUCCAACUCCCGUCGUCGCGCACAGAGCUCUGCGCAUGAUCUGCCUCCCAGUAUGAGCACCACUUCCUCGAGUAGUACCAUUAGUCAAGACGCGAGACGAGGAAGCAUAGCUCCCAACGCAAUUUUAGACAUGUUAGGCAGAUCCCGCGAGUGCGAGCAUCCUCUUUCUCACAGCGUCACCGCAAGCCCAGAAGCAAAGGAACGGGCAAAAUACUUUGAUAGCCCCGAUUCUAGGAAGUCUUCGCCUAUGCAAAACGUGGAGACAUACCGACCGGCUUUGCAAGAUCGAUCAAUCUCAUCUGUAUAUACCAUACGGCAAGCUAAUCUGGAACCUCGAGCUACAUCACCAAUGGUUCCUUCAGCAUUGCCUGGCACUCCGACUGCGUUGGACACGCCCACUGGAUCGCACCUAGGCGGUCUGUUCGGAGGUCUUCCACGUAGGGUUGUCAACAGCAUGAAGAGCAAGGACAAGCUUAAGCCUCCCCGAGACUACGCCCGGAAGAAGUCGUUCGAUAAUUCUAUCGACAGACUAAUGAUUGGCGAGCAAGAUCCUCAUGGCGUCCCAAGUCUCGCACUCAGCACAACUAACGCGUCCGGUCACGUCGAUCAGCCGGACGUGAAAGAGCUUUCACCCAUCGCUCGCAGUCGGUCGCCAAGCUAUUCGGAUGCACAAUCUCUCGAUCCUCUUGACUAUUCAUCAAGACAGUCGUCUUUAUCGUCUUUGUCGUCCCGUCUUGCCGGCAGAUGGGCGCUUGCCAACGAGCUCGAAGUUGGGCCUACAUUGGACAUACCUCAUGGAUCAUGGAAGUCGCAGAACUCUUCUCGUUCUGCCCAUACCGCGAACUCUCAUUGGCUUUCUAGCGCACACGAGACAUCGGAUGAGCGAUUCAACCGUGCCAAGGAUGAGUUCAUUCGUCGGAGAGUACAGGAACAAAAGAUGGGCCGCGAGCGUUCGGCAUCUACGACCCAACGACCUGGCUCGGCUCUUGAUCAAACUGCUUGUCCCCCCAGCCCAGACGAUGUGAUAUUCAAUGAGCGUCAAAAGGUAGUCAGCCAGCAUCAGAAGGUCGAGGAGUACCUUGGCACACAUCACGCAGAGUCUUCCGAGAAUAGUCCUAUCGGAGGACAAGAGCGAGGCUUAGCCUUCUGUUCUUCAGAAGAACAGUUCACGCCCAUGUCGCAGUCAACCUCGAAUCCGUCCAUCCCAUCCGUCGCAUCCGCUGGCUCGUCAGUCCCAGACGAAUGCGGGUCUCUGGACCAGUUCGCGAACAUGUUACCAACAGCGUCUGCGGAUUCGAUUGCACACAACCAGUUUGAUGCUCCUCUCGAUGACCUUGCCGGCUACGACGGGGAUCACGCUAUCGAUAGCGACGAAGAAGACAGUAGCGAUGACGAUGGUGGCCUCUUUAUGGGCAGGAAAAAGCCCGCGCCCAAACCUCGACGGAGCAACUCAGUUUCAAACGGUGAGCUUGCUCGCUCCAAUAUCUCGAAAGAUAUCAGGAGUAGCCGCCGCCGCUCAGCUCGCAGUGGUAGCAACGGCACCGUGAAGAAGAUCCCUCCGCCUGGUGCGGCAGACGCAUCGGCCACCGCCUCUGCCGAACAGACCCCGGAAGCUUGAGCACAUCUGCACUUCGCAUACCACACAUCAUUGUCUCUGUACGAAUCUGCAUACCUCGGGCGUCUCGAAACAGCACACAUGAUAUAUCGGAAUACCCAUUGUUCUUAUUGUAUAAACACAGCACCAACAUCACCACAUAUAAACCCCCUCCCCCCCCCAUAUGGACUGGCGCGCGGCGUUUCACCACAAAACUUCAAUUACGGCGGGCGUUCUCUUAUCCAUCUCCUUUGGCCCCAGCCACU